CUUUGCUAAAAGGAAAUUUAGUGAUUGUCCACUGUUCCAUUUUAAAGUCUUUUAUAAAAGUUCAUUAUCUUACUACUCAAAGUAACUUCUUUCAUUUUUUUUUAGUAUAGCCAUAGUUUCUGAGCCAACUUAUAUUUUUGAAUAUUAUAUUCUUUUACAAAUUUUUCUUAUUAAUAUAUGACGAUUUGAUGUACGAAGUAUACGAUAUUUAUGCAGGAAAAGAGUGUGAUAUAGGCAUUCUAUUUUGUUGUAAACAUCAAGUACAAGUUGAUUUCACGACUCGCUUCCGUAACUUAUAGGUCACGCGAAGAUAACUUUACUGUUAGUUCGAGAUCCCCUUCUUUCUUAUCGAUAUAGCACUGACUGAAAUACUAAGAGCAGAUCGAUGAAAGCAACAAUAACAUAUUAUUAACCUCGCUCUCCUCUCCAAUCCCUCCUUUUGUUUCAACUUAUAAGAUCAUUCUUUCUAAAUCACCUCAUGGCUGGCGGACAAAGUCGGUCAAGUCUCAACAAACCAUGUAUUCUCCUCAUAGUGAUAGCGGGAAUGGAGAGGUUUGCAUUUAAAGGGGUGGCGUCAAACUUAGUGACAUAUCUAACAGAUGUGGCCAAAAUGAGUAAUUCAGCGGCGGCAAAGAAGGUUAACAAUUGGUGUAGUAUUACGUCUAUGCUUCCACUCCUUGUUGCUCCAUUAGCUGAUUCUUAUUUGGACCGUUACACCACUGUACUGGCUUCUUCCUCUCUCUAUGUUGCCGGUCUUUUAGCUUUGACAUCAUUGGCAUUACAAUGGCCAUGGACUAAUUCAGCUGACAAAUCUGGCUUCUGUUCAUCCUUAUCAUGGUCUCUGAAUUUAAUUUCACUUGGCCAAGCCGGUUACAACCCGUCAUUGCAAGCUUUCGGAGCAGACCAAUUUGACGAUGAUGAAGAACUGCCGAGCAGUAAAAAUGAUCAAAGUUCAAAGAAGAAAAGUUCCUUUUUUCAAUGGUGGUAUUUUGGUAUAUGUUGUGGCAGCCUGCUCGGCGUAUCAAUCAUGUCUUAUAUACAGGACACAUUAGGAUGGGGCUUGGGUUUCGCCAUUCCUUCAAUUGCAAUGGCAAUAUCAGUUAUAGUCUUCAGAUUUGGGAAUCGAUUUUAUACACACAAAGAUGGAGAAAUUAUUCAUAUCAAGUCAUUGGGAGAUCAUAUCGUUAAAGCUGUUAAAGCAGCUACCUCAAGAUUGACCUGUGGUGAGAUUGCUGUUCCAACAUAUACUAACAAGUCAAAUGUCGUUGAGAUCGAGUAAGUAUUUCUGUAAAUAUUUUUUUUGCGAGUUCAAAAUUCUACGCACGGAUAAUACAAAAUAUAUAAAUUUCUUGGCCGAGUGACCAGUGGCGGAGCCACCUUAUAGUACAGUGUGUAGGUAGAUAAAAAAAAAUUAUAUGUAUAUAUAUAUAUAUAUAUAUAUAUAUAUAUAUUAUGUAUUGACUCUCCUUAAUUUCCUGGUAUGUUUACUUUUAUAUAUUUUGACACCCCU